GCCACACGCCACCGGCCACAUCCAGGCUUGUCACGCGACAUUCUCGCCGACAAAAAACGACGAAGAAAGUUCCCCAAAAAUGUUCUCAUUCCUGUGCCUUCUAUUUCUCUGUUCCAACGCGGACAGUGCGACCUACCAGCGCUACGGGGAGUCCACACAGUAUCCGAGCUAUACGACAAACGCCAACCUCUACAAUCAAAACCAGUAUGGAUACAAAUCAAGCUAUGGGAGUGAUAUCGCGCAGUUUCCGGAAGCGACCAGGUACCCGAAUUAUAAGCCCGGAUACUCGACUACGAAGCCCGACAGUAGCUUGCAGUCCGGGUUUCCCCCGAGCUACAAUAGCCGGGUAACCCCUGGGUACGGUUUCGGGCAGAGCUACGGCUACGGGCAGAACACUGGCAGCUACGGGCAGAACACUGGUAGCUACGGGUCCAACUAUGGCUCGGGGUACAACCAGGACUACUCUCAGACCUACGGCCAGGGGUACACCUCGUACGAGACCCCUUUCAUGAAGUACAACCGCGAUUACUGCGUGAACAGGUCCCCUCAGACCGGGAUCUGGGUGGACAGCCUCAAGGGGAUGUGGUACGGGGUGGAGUUUAUCCAGCAUCUCGCUGGAGACGCGAGGGUGGACUACGUGCAGAGCUGCAUCGUGGUACACAUCUCGGAGCCCUUGGACAGGCCAUCUACGGAGACGCAGCUGUUCCACGUGCAGCACCUGCACGCGAAGUUCCGCCAGGAGUACCGGCAGCUGCGGCUACUGUGGGACGAGGCGGGACAGACCAUAGAAUACAGUCUCUACUUCCGCAACGACUCCGCUGGUUACUGGCAGGCGUUUAAUGGACAGAAUGGGACCUUGACGACAAAGUCGGCCUACCAGCAGUUCAGUGGAACCGUCCAGGUUCUGAAGGCAGUCAACGACCAUCUCCUUCUGAACUUCUGCCAAGAGGGAACCCCCACUUCUCCGGCCCAGCUCUACUCUGUUCUCUUCUCGAGGGAUGCGGGGAGGAUGGCCAGAUGGGAGAUUGACGCUGUACACGCUCUGUUACAAAACAAGAAGUUGUCUGUGGCCUCUCGAAGAAUGGUCUGCGGAAAUGGCGCGGGAAAAAUUGUCCAGAAUCUAUCCUACUUGUUAAUUUCUUAUUUAAUAUCCUAUCUCAUUAAAUCUUCAUAAUGUUGGCAAAAAUUAAAAUACCUCGGAUUUAUAAGGUACUA